UUCUUAGUCUAUGUGAAUGGUCGAGUCGUUGUUUUACUUCCGGCUCUAGUACUUCCGGUUUCUAAAACCUUCCGUAACAUGCCCUGCAGCUCCGCCCCUUCCUCUACUUGACCCCCUCUCUCUGUCAUGGCUGCCCCCGUGCGGUGCUUACGGUCAGUGCUCAGCCAUUGUAACAGGAAUUUGAAGAAGCAGACACGAUUCAGCUGUCCAUCAUCCAGCUGCACAUACAGAAGCUGCAACUUUGUUAGAUUCUAUGCUGCACCUGCUACAUCUAGCAAAGCUUCAAAAAAAGAAAAGGAAAACGAGCAGAGCAAGUCUAAAUUGAUAACCAAAGAAGAGCUUGAGGAGAAAAGGAAAGACACCAGCAGGCCCAAACCUUAUGGCCUCACUGCUUGGAAACCCACUGAUGAUGUGUAUGUGGCCUGCUACUAUCCUAAGCCUUUGCUUGGGGUUGAAACUGCCAUAGAUAUGCUGAAAACUUUUCAAAAGCUGGAUUUUACUUAUGAAAAACAGCCAGUCUAUGCCGAGCUUAAACUAGACAUGAAGCUGGAAAAGAAGAAAAAAGUGGACCCCUUUGUUGGAUAUCUCAAGUAUCCUUAUCCUUUUUCAACAGAAGCAAAUAAGGUUUUAGUGUUCACAGAGAAUCCAGGUGAUGCUCAGAUUGCUAGAGACAACGGAGCAGCUUUUGUCGGUGGAAGUGAAUUUGUUCAACAGAUUCUGGAUGAUGAAAUUCAAGCAGAUUUUUAUAUUGCGACACCUGAAAUUGUCCCAAAGUUGACGCCAUUAAAAAAUAAGCUAAGGAAGAAAUUUCCAAAGAGCAAACGAGGUUCUGUGGGCCGUGACAUUCCCAAGAUGCUUCAGCUGUUCAAAACAGGCCAUGAGUAUUUAGUAGAAAAGGAAUGUUUGGUACAGACCAAAAUAGCAACGUUGGACAUGCCUCGAGAACAUAUAGCUGCUAACCUAGAUGCAGUUAUAAAGGAUAUCUGCACUUACAGGCCGCUGAGCUAUGGUCCCUUUGUGGAGAGAGUUAUUCUUACAAGUGCCACAAGCGAAGCUUUGUUCAUCAGAUUUCAGCAAUUUCUUCCACAGGAGACAGAGGAAUCUGCAAGCAAAACUUCCGAUUAAUUCUGCUACUAUGUAAAAUUACCAGUUCUCUCUAACUAGUGGCAUAACUACCAUAUAGGAGGCCUUAGGUAGACAAAGUGCACAAACAUUGUAUUGUAUUUUUAGAAGAUACACCUGAUCCCACAAACCAUUAUAUUCUGUUUGUGUGUUGGUCUGUCCCUCUCCUUCCUCUACACCGUAAUGCAACUCCCAGCAUUAUUUUGUUCCAUCAGGAACUGGUGGAUUCUGGGACUCUGUUCUGCUUUCCAGAGAAUCUGUGCAACAACCACUAUUAUAAGCAGAGAAAUUUAAAUCAUAGAAUUCCUCACUUUACAAAAAUGAGGGAGAAAGUUGAAUAGCACUAUCAUACAGGAUGUUGGGACAUUGCUUUAUGAGUUAACUUUCUGUGGAAUCAGGUGUGUUUGCAUAAAAAAAUGUAAGUUCAGAUAGCGUUUUUGCACCUUUUCUACUUAAAGCCAACUCAAUGAGCUCAUGUCAAAAACCAGGGAGCACUUUUUUUUUUUUUUAACGUUAUCGCUUCCUGAAGAUUUUUUCAUGGGAUAAGGAGCAUCAGGCCCUUUUAAGUUAUACCACUGACUUUAACAGAGAAUGGCACAGACAUUCAUAAUGGUGAUGCUUUAGAUUAGGACUCAGGCCAGCAUUGCCAAUAAAAAUGAUAUUUAUUACUGGAUGUUCAGACUGUUUAUGUACCUUUUUUUUUUUUUUUUUUUUUUUUUUUUUUUUACAGAAGUCCAACAAACAGCUAGUGUUAAAAAUGGAGGAUAUAUUUUCCGUUUGCUCAUCUGCAGUAAACAAGGCUUUGUGAUUUUUUUUUUAAUAAUAAACUGCUUUUUGUUAUGCAUCUGUGUCCAGCCAUAGUAUGAUGGGUUGAAACCUUACUGUAAACAAAUAAAAUUCAUUCCAAAUA